AAACAUCAAGGACAAAAGCGUGGGGAAGAGUAUAAAUUCGGACCCAACUCACCUCUGGGUACCUGUACAGGCAGCCAUGUCUGUAGCCACAUUUUUCUUGCUGCUGGCUCUUGGUGGCAUGUGCCAUUGCUCUCCGUGUCCUCCCUCCUGGACUCAGUAUGAACGAUCGUGCUACGCCUACAUCCCACAUUCACUCACGUGGUCGGACGCAGCGAGUCUCUGCAGAACUCUUGGUGGCUACCUCGUGCAAAUCACAUCUGCCGCGGAAAAUAAUUUUGUCCGGAAUUUGAUUGGCGGCAAAAAUGUCUGGCUGGGAAUCAACGACAUUCUUCAGGAUGGACGCUGGGUGCUGACGACGACUGGCAAACCCUUGCCAUACUCCAACUGGGAGGCUGGACAACCCAACAACAUUGGAGGGACGGAGACCUGUGCGCAGAUGUCCAGUACUGGUCUCUGGCAUGACAAUACAAUAUCCAGCCAGAUGCCGUCUGUCUGUGAGAGAAGCGCUACUCCCUUCAUGGUGUCCUAGCGACCGAGUAGAACAUCACAACAGACAAAGAUGAAAAUGAUUAGAAAAUUUGUCAACUUCACUUGAAAGAUAAAUAUUUUAUUCAAAAAUAAAUCCCAUGAGCAAAUUGU